GAAAAGUUUGGGAAAAUUCGACUUCGAAGAAACAAAUGGUUUCGGGAUAAAGGUAGGAUCAAAGAUUCGUUGUGAGGAAGCAUGCUUAGGUCGAAAGUGAGAUCCUAUUACAGGCUCCAUUACAGUUCGCGCAGAAGGUCGGUCGCAGGCAGGUUGGAAACAUGGAGAAAGCGAUUGAUUAAAAUUUUUAAAGCUACUUGGAAUUCUCACGUAUCACGUGUAGUGCUGAGCCAAGCGCGGUCCCAUCAAUCACACCUUGGUCAAAGACUCCAUCAUCCCAGUAUCCUACAAAAAGGUCGCCUUUUUCGUACUUCGCCUCGUGCUCUGGUCAUGGGCGACGACUUUUCCGACAUUCUGGGCAGUGCUACAUUGCCUGUGCGGCAGAAAUCUCAAUCCAGCUCUUUUUCUCUCCCUGUAAAGAUCACCUCUACUCUGACUCUUUUAUUGGUCGGCUAUAUCAUUGCUGCUCGAGCUUGGGGGCGUGUUCUCAAAUGGCGCGAAAAAUCCUACCGAUUGUCUUUGCGAAGAAGACACGGUAUUCCUGACAAUGACCAUAGGCCAUUUAAUGUCGCGUACGCCGCUGUCCAACGGGCAAAGGAGCAGAGGGAGAAGGAGAAUGCUAGGAUAAAGCGUGCGGAUCUCGUUGCGGUUGCAGCAGUCUCAUCGCGGGAGCCAGCAAAUGCACCUCCAGAGCCAAUACGUCACCGUUUAGGGAAUCAGCGAGGUGUUGACUCAUCUCGGUCUGGUGCUCCGGUGGGUGGACCUCCUGGCCGCUACAACCCGAUGUCUAUGAACAAUUUGUCGAUGCCAUCUGUACCGCAGUCUCAAACCAACCAUGUUACGUUUGCUGAUGGCUUCAACACCAGCGCCUCUCCUCUUGACAUUCAUGCCGAGCUCGCUAGUCCUACGAAACGCUCCGGGCGCAAGAGCCUUGGAAUUCUCAAAUCCAAUGAUGAUCGAAGAAAACGCGAGCGCGGUUUUGAUGAUGAAGAUGGGGAUAUUGCCAAAAAGACUCGCUUGGAAGGAGAUGAGUUCAUCGAUGGUGAUGAAGAGGCUGUAUGGCAGGGUUCUAGUGAUCUACUGAAUUCGAGUGAUUCGAGAGUUCCAAAACGCGGAGUGGGCGAUGAUAAUGACGGAGAUUUUGGAACGUUGAAAAGAGCGCAUGGGAAAAGGCAGCGCAAGGUAUCUAGCGACAAAGAAUCUCCUCGUCGUCAUGAUAUGGACGUCGAUGCGGAAGCGGAAGAUUACUUGGGUGACCUGAGAUCCCUAUCCAGAGGUAAAAAGCGUGAUCGCGACGAAACUGGUUCGUCCUAUGGUGGCGAGAUCGAACAAGCAGAUGAAGACGCAGAUGCCGAUGUCGAAGAAGAAAAGUAUCGUCGGAGAAAACGACGGAACAAGAGACGAUCGGAUGCUAACUCAAGUUCUCGAGGCAAGAAACGAGACAGAGAUCUCGAGGAUGAACUUGGAGAUGGCGAGGACGAAACAGGUCUUGUGUCCCAGCGAAAGCUUAGGAAAAAGAGAGGCAAGAAGAUGUCAGACGACGAAAAAGCUAGCGACGUGUCCAUGGAGGAUUCAUCAAGCAUGAAAGGCAGGAAGAUUGGCGAGACGUGGACAUCCAACGGCGUUCAGUAUAAGAUUGGCCCCAAUGGUCAACGGCUCCGUUUUGAACUCGUUAAAAAAGCCAGACAGAAGUUUGUCAUGCCUAUGGAUUCGGUUCAUCCUGACCGUAGAGCAAACUUAGAAGUUUAUGUUGAAGCCUGGUUGACAGAAGAGGAGUAUCGUAUAGCCAAGGCCAGAAACAUCCUGUCGUGGCAAGAAUCGCCCAACGGAUCUACGGAACCUGAAACUCCUCCACCUACCACUCCUGACGUAUCACCCGCACCUCCCCGUACUGGCAAACACCUUCUCUGGGAUUCCACCACGAGCACACCUUCAUCUCAACCUCAUGAUAAUCCUUUCGAAACCCCCAAGAGUGCCUCGCAACAGCUGGCUACAACCAUCAGCGGUGCUGCAAGUAGACGGAUUGCCUCUGCUGUCCGCAGUAUCUCCGGCGGUAGUAAACCUCUCAGUGGUAGCAAUAUUGCUCCUCCCAGCCCUAGCCUCAUGGAUAGCACAAACAUGCGAAGCCCUCGGACGUACAAACAAUUUUCUAAAUGGGAAAAACAAGACCUCGAGGCGAAGGCGAUGAUGCGUAUGCGCGAGGCUAAUCGUAAGAAAGAAGAAGAAAAGGAGAGCCUCCCUUCUGUUCCACCUGCGGUGCCCAAGAUAACCUUCACACCAGCUGCAGAUGGUGGGUCCACAGCGAAGCCUCCUCCUCCCGCCUUCCCUCUUCCAGGGGCUUCAACCGCUCCCAAAUCGAUCUUCAAUGCACCCACCACGAGUUCGCCCUUGGCUAGCGGAGAUAAUAAGUCUGAAGCUAUUAAACCGCCUGCGUCAACCACGCCUUCGGUUCCGUUCAGCAAACCUACUCCUGCGCCUCAACCUGCAACUUCACCUGCCUCUACACAGGCGUCUGUUCCCACUUCGACCCCUCAGGUAAAUGGUUCAGCGAAUGUCAUUCCCGCGGCCCCAGCCAAACCAUCGUCGUUUUCAUUUGGACCACCUGCAGGUGUAAGUCAUGCUGCUAGCGCAGAUAAGCCGAAGCCUGCUGUGGGUCUUGGCUUCCCAUCGUUGGGGCCUUCGGCUUCUGUAGCGCCUCAGCCCGCUGGCUCGAGUUCUACGUCUGCAUCUAGCACCGCUUCGCUUUCGUCCACUCCUGCACCACCUAAAUUUAGCUUCAAUAUGCCAAAUCCCGCAUCCAGUAGUAACGCCGAACAUAAACCCGAUACUCCUGCAUCGAAUGCAACUUCCCUAGGUGGCGUAUCGUUGCUUUCACGGCUAGGAGGCACUUCUGCACCUGGUCAAAACAAUGUAACCUCUUCGACGACGCCUUCUCCGUUCUCGUUUGGCCCGUCCCCAGCGCCAGCUGUGUCCAGCACUGCAACUUCAUCCUCCCCAUUCGGCGGUGCGUUCUCAGCUGCACCCUUGUCCUCACCGUUUGGCGGUGCCUCAUCAACGCCGGCUGCAACUACGGCUUCACAACAGCCCUCACAGCCAACCAAUGCUGGUUCUAGCUCUUCCGCUGCUGCUGCUGCUGCUCCGGUCAAGUUCAACUUCUUCGGCGGUGCGAACAAAACAUCCUCACCCUUUGGAAACUCUAACUCCAAUACACUAAAUACAACUGCACCAACUACAUCGGCUACACCUUCGUCGUUGAGUGACAAAAAACCUGAAGAAGAAAAGUCCACGACAUCGGCUCCCACGUUCAGCUUUGGUACGCCUGCUUCUUCAUCUGCAGGUGCUACAAAUGGUGGCAAUAUCUUCGGUGCUGCAAAGGCUGCGUCAACGUCAAAUUCAACUUCCUCCACGAAUCCCUCUCCCUUUGGAAGUAGCUUUGGUGGGAAUUCUGCCUUCAGUAGUGGCACCUUCGGGUCAAAUAUCAAUUCUAAAUCGGCAUUUGGCUCCACUACUACUGGGCCAAGUAAUUUUGGCUCGUCGUUGACCCCUUCAGUCGCUGCAACCGUGCUUCAGAGCGGUAGCGGCGCAUUCGGUGCUAAACCCACCGAUUCUGAUACUGCAACAACACCGGCAUCAACGUCUGUGUUCUCGAAACCAUCGGAAGCGCCAAACCCUGGCUCGGCUGCUGCUCCAAAAUCGGCAUUCUCGUUUGGCACAUCGGCAACGCAAAACUCUGGCUCUACUCCUGCUGCCAAAUCGGCAUUCUCGUUUGGCACAACAGCAACGCAAAACUCUGGCUCUGCUCCUGCUCCCAAAUCGGCAUUCUCAUUUGGCUCGUCAGCGCCGUCUUCCUCAUCGGGCUCUACCUCUUUUGGUUUCGGUGGGCAGAACACCUUCGGGGCUUCAGCAGCAGCCAAACCCGCUGGAGAAGCUCAAACCAAAACUGCGUUCUCGUUUGGUUCUUCAAGUUCUACCCCCCUUGUGACACCCAAUGCUACGCCAGCCGGUGAUCCACCAAAAUCUGCAUUUUCUUUUGGAAACAAUAGCACCACGCCUGCAGGAAGCCCUGCUAAAUCAGCGUUCUCGUUUGGAUCUACUGCUGCGCCUGGUACCAGUGGCGCUACUGGAGGAGCGUUUGGGAUGCCAGCCAGCGCCUGCUGGUUCUGGGACAGUACAGUAAUUCGCAUGUUCGCUCGACGUCUGGAUGCUUCUUUCUACUUGUCUUCGUCAUUUUUAUCCUUUUCUAUCUACACAAACAAGUUCUUCAAUUUGUUCAAAUUACUACAAUCAUAUACUAUCCCGAAUAGUAUUCAUCGUUCUUGUUGUACCUAAUAGCAUCUCUAGUAUUUUCUACUUGCGUGACUUGAUUUAGAAGUUUCCCUUCGCAUUAAGCAUUAAAUUCAGAACUUGGGUACCUCUUUGAAGGUGUAUUGGAAGUAUGAAAUUUUCAUUCGCAAAGGGAAGUGAUUCAAUACGUGUGUCAAAAUAAGAAUGAAGCCUUCAAUGA